ACAAUACCUGUUCAACGUGUUCGAGGUUAUCAUAUCGACUCUCGAAACGAAAUUGCAGCGAAUAGAGAACCUCGAUAAAGCAGUAGAGCACUUAAUGAGGAGAGUUGAAAUGCUGGACUCAAGAGUCACUGACAACAUCGAUAAAACCGAUUCGGUCAUAGCAAAAUUGGGGACACUGGACUUGAAACUGUUCCACCAGGAUCAACGUACGGAUUCCGUCGGAACACCCAGAGCUGCUUCACCCUCGGCCGACGGCGCGAGGCUGGACAUGCGUCUCGUCUCCCUCGACCAGAAAGUAAGCGAUAUUGACACCAAACUGGUAGGGCUCAAGAACCAACUCGACACAAAUUUCUUGCCGGCUGACGACAUUAACGCAGAGGCAAGCGAAAAGAAACCGAUAAGUAUGAACGCGGUUGACAUUACUAAGAUUCUGAACGCCGAAGUAAUGACUCAUGUAUCACGGGAACUGGAAGGGCUCAAGACUGCCACAAGCAACGUUGACAGGAAGUUACAAUUCCACAUCAACCUAGUAUCCGAGAACUUGGGCAAAGUGUUGAAUCUGGUAUCGGACGUCCACGAAGCAGUUGUGGAGCCCGAGACGACGACCCCAGUACUGCCACAGGUAUUCAGAAACAAAACGAUCACAAGUUCCGCAUCUUCUAUAAAGAACAGCAAACUUGACACACUGGUCAAACACAUGCACCCCAUCCUCAGCGUGUCCGAGAAAAUGGAUGAAGUGUGGGACGUCGUGGUCGGAACUAAAACUUCUGUCGAUGAUCUCGUACCCAAGUCCGACGAGCUCCUCACUCAGACCCAGAGACAAGAACGCGCUAUCAGCGACAUACACGCAGACCUCCGCAUAAAGGCCAAUAAAAUCAUUGCUAAUUUAGACCUGGUGGAGAAGCGACUUAAGAAACAGGAAGACGAUGUCGCAACCCUUGCACAGAGACCCGUCCCCGCAGAAUUAUUACUCGACCCCACGAUCGAUCGUUUGGUCGAAUACGAUCCCAACAGAUAUUCCGUUGUAAUGUCGCAAGACGACGUGGUCACGAUAACCGAACCACCACCACAACCAUCUACACCUCCAGCAACCACAAGCAAUCACGUGACACAAACCACCGUCAACUUCAUCUCAUCACCUAGCACAGCCACGCCUGCAACCGCUUUGACUACAGCGGCCAGCAGCCGAGGAGGAACCACGAGAAGUCGCGGCGUCAUAUUCCCGAGCGUGAAGAACAAACCCUCUCCAGCCAACACCACCUUCACGAGCGACCUCAUAAACAUCAAAGACGUCAAGGGUUACUCCUGCGUGGACUUGCUGAACGCCGGCAUGAAGGACUCCGGAGUUUACUACCUGCAGAUCAGAGGAACGACGUACUGGUUCCUCAAGGUGUACUGCGAGCAGGAGGUGGCAGAGGGUGGCUGGACAGUGAUUCAGAGACGUGACGACUUCGGGGAACCACGGGAGAACUUCAACCGUGACUGGGCCGAUUACAAGAACGGCUUCGGUGACCCCGCUAAAGAGUUCUGGCUCGGAAAUGAGAACAUCUACAUGCUCACCAACAACGAGGACACCAUGCUACGAGUGGAGCUGGAGGAUUUUGAAGGCAACAAAAGAUAUGCCCAGUACAGCCAUUUCAAGAUCUAUUCUGAAGCAGAGUACUACAAAUUGGAGAUUGAUGGUUAUGAAGGUAACGCUGGUGACUCUCUGAAUGACCCCUGGUAUGGCAGUAACAACAGCCCCUUCUCGACGUACAACAGAGAUAAUGACAGGUCAAGUUUGAACUGUGCCUCAAUGCUGAAGGGUGGCUGGUGGUGGAAAUCGUGUGGCAGAGGCCUCAAUGGGCUCUAUCUUAAUGAUCCUCAAGACCUCACAGCAAGGCAAGGUAUCGUGUGGUUCCGAUGGAGGGGCUGGGACUAUACGCUGAAGAAAGCCGUCAUGAUGAUCAAGCCCAGAGGGACUAUCAGUGCAACUGCAUGAAAAAUGUACUUACUUAAAUCAAACUCUAAAUUAAAAAUCAAAGCCCUACUAAAAAGAGAAAUACAUAUUUCUGUUACUUGAUGGGAAGAUGAUAAAUACCAAAAUAAAUUAAUUAAAAAGUCAGAGAUGCAGACCAAGGAAGUUGAGUGAUGCACAGAUGAGAAACACAAGUGCCCCCACAGGUACCUUUCUAGUUUAUUUAUAGAGGCUAAAAGGGCAAGAAAUGCAAUUUGUAACCUGAUGUGUUGAAUGCACCUGAACUCGAUGGAUCACAUCGUCAUGAACAGUGCAAAUGACUCUAUUCUGAAGGGUUAUGACGAUGAUGAUGACGGUGUAACACAAUCUGGAUUACUGGGUUUUUGGACUUUGUCCAUCAUCAGAUGUUGGACAAAGUCCAAAAAAACCCAAUAAUCCAGUGCAAAUGACUGCCUUGUGAUAAACUUCUGAGGAUAACUUUAACAUAACUGUUGCGCCAUUUUCCUUGCAUACAAUAUGUAAUAUGACAUGCACUCGAUAUUCAUCGUUAAAUCUUUCAUUCACAGCUGAUUUCUAUAAUGGUACCUAAACCACUGGACAUAAGUGCAAUGUCUUAGAGGCACACAUAAAAAGCCCUGAUAUACUGAAAGUUUCCAAUGUCUAAAAAUAAAAAUAAGACAGUCUACAUACAUACUGAAUGCCACUUUAACCCUUCUGUUACACAUCUAUCAGUAAUGUUAAGCAAAUAGAAUUUUGGAUAAGAAACAUCUUGGAAAACAACCAAUGGAAGACAGAGAAGAUGGAAGUCACUGAUACGGAUCUUAAGGCAAGAGGCUUUCAGAGUGGAUGUUGAAACUGGUUCAGAACUGUACCUAUUUGGUACAAAAACUUAAUACACUGGCCUGCAUCAAGUUUAAUAUUUUACAGUGUAACCUGGACACUCAAAAUGUCGUAGACCAAAGAUUUAUAGUUGAGCUUACCAAACACAACAAACAAAACAUGCUUCUAAAAUUCUUUCAAAAGAACAGUCAGAGUGGUGACCUAACAAAAUGAAAACCAGUGUACUUCCACAUACAACUAAUUUCUGACAAGCACUGAAGUUUGAGUUUUGAAUAUGGUUAUUGCCCAAGACUUCGUCAUAUUUAGUAAUCUUGUAAAAUUCAUAUUUUACAAAUCUGUAUUUCUAUCAGAAACCAAAUAAACAUAAAAAUCUUUUCCUUAAACUUUACGGGCCACACUUCAGGGCUCAUGCAUGGUCCAGCCAGCCAGCAGCCCUGUAGUAUACGGACUUAAGUCCCUAUUCUAAUAAGAUAGAGUUAAAACAGUGUACCUUCACUUAUGUCAUGAGAUAUUACUUCUCUCUCAAUAUACUGUACACCUGUCUUUAUUAUUUAUUUUUCAAUCAAAGUCACAUCUAUUAAGAAAUAACAUUUUCUGUUCAUAUCUCGUGCAACAGAAUUUAAUUUCGGCGUGUCACACACAACAAACCACGCAUCCCUUCAAUACUUCACUUUCAGAAUCAAACCUCAGAAAUAUCACAAAUUGUUCAUCGAUAAAUAUUCACAAUGCUGGUGAUUCUGCUGAAAAGGAUUACUUAAAAAUGGUGAUAAUUCGAUUAUUAUCAAUAUCCUUUACAUAUCAAGUUUCAUGGAAAAUGGUCCAAUUAGUUUAAUGUUAAAAUUAAGAAUAUAUUAUUAUCAAAUGUAAGGUACAUGAGUUAUUCAAUACACCACACUACUAUAAGAAUCACUUCUCAAGUUUUGAAUUGUCAACUUAUGAAGUUCUAGCAGAACUAUAGUUCAGAACUGGUUUACAGACUUAAUACCUGGACGGUGCUUUAUCCCAGAAAACAGCCAUCCUUGUACUCACCACUAUGAGAAUUAAAUCCUACAAAAAUCUCAGUAUAUGAAUGCCCUAAGCUGUGUAUUCACUACUGGUAUACGUAGAAAAGUUAUAAAAUAUGUAAAUGUCUUUCACAGCUGGAAGUACUCUAUAUUAAUACUCCAAAAUUUGACAAGGGACUUAAAAUGUGAUGGAAAUAUGUCUGAAAAACCAUGUACCUAUCAGGAGAUAUAAGACAAUUGUAUAUAUUUUGUGUACGUUGUAUAAAGUGUAAUAUGUUUUUA